AUGCCACCCAAUAAAUUCAAGAGUAAAAUUUGGAAUUUUUUUAAGAAAAUUGGUGAAAAAGAAGCUAUGUGCAAGUUAUGUAACAAGAAGCUAAAAACUUCAGGCAAUACGACCAACCUUCGUGGUCAUUUAGAGAAUGUACAUUCACAGCAAUGGGAAGAUUCUGAAAUACCAAACAAAAAGGCAAGAAGAGUUAACAUUACUGAUUAUAUAGAAGUAAAUGCCGCGACGCCUGGAACUAGUGAUUCCAAUAUUGUCGAACUUUCUUCAGCAUCACACAACUACGUGAACACUAAUCCUUCGACCAGUUUGGGCAGCAUUAAAGAAAUAAAUUCAUCACAAAAUUUAGUUGCUAGUACACCAUCAAGCAUAGAUGUUCGUGUUUCCAAGGCAGUUUCACAGCCAAAUGUGGAUGACUUCAUAAACAACAUAAAAAGCAUAACUUCACAGGAUGGAACAAAAUCUAAAAAGAUAACUGAAGCUAUAACGAAUUUUAUAAUCAUGGAUAAUAGACCAUUUUCCGCUGUAGAAGGCAAAGGCUUUUUACAGCUAAUGAAAGAAGUUUGCCCAUUAUACAAGGUACCAAGUCGAGAAACAAUCAAAUCUAGAAUUGAUGAUAAAUAUGACGCUAUGAGUAAUCUUUUUAAAACAUACAUAAAGAAUGCUGAAAAUUAUUGUAUCACCUAUGAUAUUUGGACCGAAACCAUGCAAAACAAAUCAUUUGUAGGUCUUACAAUACAUUUUUUGGACAAAUCUAAACUCCUCAGCGGAACCUUGGGUGUUUUUGAAUUGACAGAAAGCCACACAUCGUUGUAUAUAACCGAAAAACUUAAAGAAAUUUUCGCCGAGUGGAAUAUUUCUAUUGAGAAGGUUUCGGCAAUUAUAACGGAUAGUGAUAGUACUUUGAUGAAAGUCAAUCGUGACAUGUUUGGAGAAAAAAAGAUUAUUCCUUGCUUCGCGCAUAAGAUCAACUUAGUAGUAACUAAGUCCAUAGAAGAUGCUAAAAAUUGUAAUAUAUUAAUAAGUAAGGUUCGAGACAUAGUAAAAUUUAUUAAAAGGAGCGUGAAUGCAAGUGAUGAGUUAAGGAAAAGGCAAAUAGAGAUGGGAUUGAAAGAAGGCCAAAUUAAAAAAAUGGUUCUUGAUGUACGCACGAGAUGGAAUUCGUGCUUUUACAUGGUACAACGCUUCAUGGAAUUAGUGUCUAUUGUAGGAGCAAUACUUUUGACUCGACCGGAAGCACCCGCAAUGAUCUCAGGUACUGAAAUAGAUUGCGUAAAAGAAAUGAUAGAAUUACUAUGCCCAUUUGAAAAAUUAACAAGAGAAAUUUCUGGAGACAGUUACGUAACGGUGAGCAAAGUUAUUCCACUAGUUAGUUGCAUUCGGGAAGUAGUAGAAAAUAUAACACCAAAAAAUGAAAUGAUUCUAGAAUUUAAAGAAGAAAUAAAAAAACAACUAGUAAGAAGGUUUGAUACUAUAGAACAUUCCGCAAUUCUUGCCAUCUCAACUGCUCUCGACCCCCGAUUUAAAUUAAUGCAUUUUAAAAACGCUGUAGCUAAAGGAAAAGUUAUUAGUUACUUAAAUAAAUAUGUGCGGGAAUAUAACAGCUCACCUACAGCUAGCAAUGACGCAUCUGAUGAGUCCGAUAAAGAUGAUGCAGAAUUCGAUAUUUGGAAAUAUCAUAAGCAAUUGACCCAUAAAAAUAUGAAAAACAAAUCUGCUACAACUACAGAAACCAUCAGUGAAACAGAAGUACAGAUGUACCUCUCAUCCCCUGUCACGCCUAUCAAACGAGACGCUAUUGAGAUUUGGGAUGACAUGAAAUCUCUAUUUCCCAAGCUUGGGAAAAUAGCUAUGAUUUAUCUCCCCAUCGUUGCCACGUCUGUGCCCAGUGAGCGUUUGUUUUCAGAGGCUGGGGCAACGAUUACACAGGACAGAAAUAGGCUUCUGGGGUCUAGAUUAUCCAAGCUUCUCUUUCUAAACUCAAUUUCGAAAUUAUUACAUUCAAUCAAAUAA